AGGAAGGAUAGCAGUUCUGACCUUGCUGAGAAGCAGGUCAUGAUCUAACUGCAGGAUGAAAAUAAAGCGCGACAAACUGCAAUAAUAACACCACCUCAUUCUCUGGUAACAUAGUUUAAAGUGAGAUUAUGGCUUGUGGAUUGCAGAUAAAAGAUGAAGAUAGUGGCUAUAACAAAAACCUGUUCUGCAUUCCUAAGCAUUAUGAAGAAGAUAUAGAAAGAGUCUUCAUUCCUCAUGGACUAAUCCUGGACAGGACAGAACGUUUGGCAAGAGAUAUCAUGCAAGAUAUGGGAAGCCACCACAUUGUUGCACUCUGUGUCCUUAAAGGAGGCUAUAAGUUCUUUGCUGACUUGCUGGACCAUAUAAAAGCACUAAAUCAAAAUGGUGAUAAGUCUGUGCCUAUUACUGUGGAUUUUGUUAGAAUAAAAAGCUACUGUAACGAUUCACCUACACAGAAAAUCAGUAUUGUUGGAGAAGAACUGUCUGCGUUAAAUGGGAAGAAUGUGUUAGUAGUAGAGGAUAUUAUUGAGACUGGUAGAACAAUGAAGGCACUGCUUUCAAAACUGAAGGACAAGGAACCAAAGAUGAUAAGAGUAGUAAGCUUGCUCAUUAAAAUGACAAACCAAAGUCCAGGUUACAGACCAGACUACAUAGGCUUUGAAAUUCCAGAUAAGUUUGUGGUUGGAUAUGCUCUUGACUAUAAUGAAUACUUCAGAGAUCUGAAUCACAUUUGCAUUCUCAAAGAGAAAGCCAAAGAGAAAUACAAAAUCUGAUAUCAUGAGUCUUCUGGAAUAGCAGCUCACUGGCCUAUACUAUACGUGUGAAUAAGUGGUCUACUAGUCAUGCUCAGUCCACUGAAGCACUACACUGAAGAACGAAUGUAUUUUUAAAGACACACUUCUGUAUGGCUUUCUUCUAUAAUUUUGUGAAACAGCUUAAGGAUCAACGACACCUGGUGUUUCAGUGGCACGGGAACAGAACAUAGGUCAUAAACUUGGUAUUGCCUUCCACUGGAACAACACGGAUACAGAAAGGAUGUGCAUGUAAAUAUGUCUGAGUUUUUAUUUACUAUAAGAAAUAACAUGUGCAUUGUACAUAAGCUACUAUUUUAAGUAUUUAAACGUAUGCAUAAGUAGUUGAAUAGGCUAAAUAACAGUGAAAAAAGUAA